GAGUUUUUGACAAGAGAUUCUUCAGUCUACAUAAGAAACUCAAACAGGUUUGGAACAAGUGAAGGUUUUCAGAUCUAAUUUCUUCAGACAUGGCCUACACAUCCUCAAUUGAGCCAACUGGUGGUGGAGGAGGUGUGGAAUUUUCAUUUACUGGAGAAAGAAAUGGUGCCAGACUGGAGAAGCUCUGGGUUUGGGAGGGGCCAUCGCAGAUCAAGGCUAUUAAGGCUUGGCUUUCAGAUGGUAGAGAUGCAACCUUCGGAGAACCAGCUGGACCUCAUCAAGAGUUUGUGUUCAAGCCUGGUGAGAGUUUCACCGCACUGUCCCUCUGGGGGAACGGAGCAGGAACACGCCUAGGAGGCAUCAAAUUCAAGACCAUAGACAGUCAAGGUAAUGCAAGGUUAUUUUUCGCCAAGAUGACAGAGUGGGGUUUAAAAACAGAAUUUCCCGUCGAUGUCUGCUCUGGUUAUUGUCUUGGCAUUGCGGGAAGAGCUGGUGCAGACAUCGACUGCUUGGGGUUUCUGUUUCUCAUGGCAGUUGAGUCAGUAGUCCUCACCAAUGUUUACUAUCCCACAAUUCACCAAAUAAUACCAAGGGUGGCAGUGGAAGAGAUCAAGUCCAUGACUUUCAGAAACAACACCUCUGCCGCUCAACAACAAAAAAUCGAAACCUCAAAGAAAGUGACCACAGCGUCCUCAUGGUCUUUGUCUACAAGCCUGACAGCAGCCUUCAGUGUGGAGGUGAGUGCUGGGGUUCCAGCGGUGGCGGAAGUUAGGAAAGGAUUCAGUAUCAGCGUUACAGCAGAAAGCUCUUAUAAGCAGGAUUACGCAGAAGAGAAAAACGAAACGCUGUCUAGCACUAUUGAGGUCCCACCAAAGAAGAAGGUGGUUGUUAACAUCAGCAUUGGCAGAGCCACUUUUGACCUGCCGUACACUGGUAUAGUGAAGAUCACUUGCAAGGGUGGCGGUGUGUUUCAGUACGAAACCAACGGCCAAUACAAAGGCGUCACUUACACUGAUAUCAAAGUGAAAACUGAUGAAUGUGAUGACGUCACGGCAGAUUGUCCCUGUUAAUACAUAAUUAAUUAUCCUGAUUUUACAUCUGGAUAUUUUACAAUGAUUUUUCAAUUAUGCUUCAUGAAACUACAAUUUUCAGUAGAUGUGUCCAGUGUAAUACACACACACACUUCACAUUUAAGACUAAAAUACUACUUUUAAUCCAGAUAUAUUCACAUUGCUUCAAACAUAUCCACUUUAAUAAUUCCUAUAAUCACAUUGUAUUAUUGAUGUGAUCAUGUGUUUUAUAUGUGUUUGAUGUGACUUUUAAUUACCGUUUCUGUUCAUGUGAGGAAAACCUUAUAAUCAUAUGCUUGUUUCCCAAUGGUCUUGAACUCAAUUCCUGGAGGGCCGCAGCUCUGCAGAUUUGAUCUCCAACCACCCCCAACUCACACUUGCUUAAUAGUCUCUAGUAGUUUUGAACAUCUUGAUUAUUUGCAUCAACUGUGUUUGAUGAGGGUUGGAGCAAAACUAUGCAGAGAGGCAGCCUUCCGGGAAUCCAGUUUGAGACCCAUGCUCUUGACUUUGUAUACAACCACUUUAACUGGUAUAUUAUAUAUAAGGAAGCAAUAUCUAUAAACAAAUCAUGUUUAAUGUUCCGUAAUCAUUUCAGAAUUUCAAAUGUUUUUAAUCCAACAAUAAAAAAGUUAAAAUCAA